AUGUCUUACGAUUUGGAGACUGCCGAGCGUGCCGCUUAUGCCCCAUUCUUUGGAUACAUGGGAGCCGCUUCGGCCCAGAUCUUCACAGUCUUGGGAGCUGCCUACGGAACAGCCAAAUCAGCUGUCGGUAUUUGCUCGAUGGGAGUGAUGAGACCAGAACUUAUCAUGAAAUCCGUUAUUCCAGUUAUUAUGGCUGGUAUCAUCGGUAUCUAUGGUUUGGUCGUGGCUAUGGUGCUGAAGGGUAAGGUCACCUCUGCUUCUCAAGGUUAUGACCUGAACAAGGGAUUCGCCCAUUUGGCUGCUGGUCUUACUUGUGGACUUUGUGGACUUGGAGCCGGAUAUGCUAUCGGAAUUGUCGGAGACGCUGGAGUCCGUGGAACAGCUCAACAACCAAGACUUUUCGUCGGAAUGAUUCUUAUCCUCAUUUUCUCCGAAGUCUUGGGACUCUACGGUAUGAUCGUCGCUCUUAUCCUCGGAACCUCCUAA